CUCAAAACUCUUGGGCUGUCUCUGGUGGAGAGACAGGAGAGGGGCGGAGGAUGGAUGGAGGGAGGGAGACGGACACACUGCGAGAGAGAAAGGGCGGAGAAAGCCGGCAGAGAGACAUCCACACCGACAGGGAGAGGGAGAGCAGGCAGGUCUCCGGCAGUAGGUCGGUAUGUAGCGGCGGUGGAGCUUCUCCUGGCGGUACAAAGUGGGGAAAACGCGCCUUGGACUGAAAAUAUCACCAGCGGGACUAACAAUAAAACCACCGAGGAUGAGACACACGCCGUCGGCUUGAAGGAAGACAACACGCCGAUAUUCCGCUUGCAUAUCACCGUUUCUUACGAAAAUGGCGAACGACUCUCCGGCCAAAAGUCUGGUGGAUAUAGACCUGGCAUCCCUCAGGGAUCCUGCCGGGAUUUUCGAGUUGGUAGAAGUGGUCGGAAACGGAACCUAUGGACAAGUCUACAAGGGUCGACAUGUCAAGACAGGACAACUGGCGGCCAUCAAGGUCAUGGACGUCACUGAGGACGAAGAGGAGGAAAUUAAGUUGGAAAUCAACAUGCUGAAGAAGUACUCCCACCACAGAAACAUAGCCACCUACUAUGGAGCCUUCAUCAAGAAAAGUCCACCGGGCCAUGAUGACCAGCUUUGGCUGGUGAUGGAGUUCUGUGGUGCCGGCUCCAUCACAGAUCUGGUGAAGAACACCAAAGGCAACUCACUGAAGGAGGACUGGAUUGCCUACAUCUCUCGAGAGAUCCUCAGGGGAUUAGCUCACCUUCAUGCUCAUCAUGUCAUCCAUCGUGACAUCAAGGGACAAAACGUGCUGCUGACUGAGAACGCUGAGGUGAAACUGGUGGACUUCGGUGUGAGUGCUCAGCUGGAUCGGACGGUGGGUCGAAGGAACACCUUCAUCGGGACCCCAUAUUGGAUGGCUCCGGAGGUCAUCGCCUGUGAUGAAAACCCUGACGCUACCUACGACUACAGGAGCGACCUGUGGUCCUGUGGAAUCACGGCCAUAGAGAUGGCUGAGGGAGCUCCCCCUCUGUGUGACAUGCAUCCAAUGAGAGCCCUCUUCCUCAUUCCCAGAAACCCUCCGCCACGGCUCAAGUCCAAAAAAUGGUCAAAGAAGUUCUUCAGUUUCAUUGAGGGCUGCCUGGUGAAAAACUACACUCAGCGUCCUCCCACUGAGCAGCUGCUGAAACACCCCUUCAUCCGGGACCAGCCCAAUGAGAGGCAGGUCCGCAUCCAGCUAAAAGACCACAUUGACCGUACCAAGAAGAAGAGGGGCGAGAAGGAUGAGACCGAGUAUGAAUACAGUGGCAGUGAAGAAGAGGAGGAAGAAGCAUCUGAGCAAGAAGGAGAGCCAAGCUCCAUAGUCAACGUGCCAGGUGAGUCGACCUUGCGGCGCGAUUUCAUCCGGCUGCAGCAGGAGAACAAGGAGCGCUCGGAGGCUCUGCGCCGCCAGCAGCUCCUGCAGGAGCAGCAGCUCCGUGAACAGGAGGAGUACAAGCGCCAACUACUGGCUGAGAGGCAGAAACGUAUCGAGCAGCAGAAGGAGCAGAGGCGGCGGCUCGAGGAGCAACAACGGCGUGAGCGAGAGAUGAGGAGGCAGCAGGAGCGCGAGCAGCGCCGGCGUGAGCAGGAAGAGAAGAGGCGCAUCGAGGAGAUUGAGCGACGCCGCAAAGAGGAGGAAGAGCGCAGGAGGGCCGAAGAGGAAAAGAGGAGAGCUGACCGGGAACAGGAGUACAUCCGUCGUCAGCUGGAGGAGGAGCAGAGGCACCUGGAGAUCCUGCAGCAGCAGCUGCUGCACGAACAGGCCAUGUUGCUGGCUGAUGAGCGAUACCGGAAGAACAUCCAGGGUUCUCCUCAGUCGGCUCAGACCAAACCGCAGCAGCCUCCGGUGCCGCCACGCUCCGAGUCUUCCUACCCUAACGGGAACUCAGCAUCUGAGGCGCCUGCCAUGCACCGGCCUGUGGAACCACAGGUCCGUUCCCAUCUGGCUGCUUUAAAGAGCAGCAGCAGCGUGGCCUCAUCGAUCUCCUCCUCUACCACCCCGCCCACUGUAUCGCGGUCACACUCCUUCAGCGAGCCGCUCACCCCUAGCUUUGAAAAUCUUCACCUUCACAACAGCCAGGAAACCCACCAACAUCAUCACCCUCCAUCUUCAUCAUCAUCAUCAUCAUCCUCAUCAUCAUCCUCAUCAGCUCCUGCACGCACUGACCCGCAACUACAUCCCCAGCCUAGGCCCUUGCCCCAUGACCCGGCCCUUUCAGAGGAGGCUCCACCCAGGGUUCCUGUCAGGACAACAUCAAGGUCCCCAGUGUUGCCAAAACGAGAGUCGCCUCAUCACCAUGGCAACGUCACACAUAGCGGCCAUGCUGGGCAUCGCAACGGCACCAGUGCAGUGGAGCCUCGGCUGCUGGGGGAGCGAGUGGAGAAACUGGUUCCCAAGACAACCAGUAACAGUGGCAGCGGAGGCUCCAGUUCCUCCAGCAGCUCCAGUAACUCCAGCUCUCAAACCGGUUCUCACUGUGGCUCUGGAGAGAGGUUCAGGGCCCGUUCCUCUUCCAAAUCCGAGGGUUCGCCUCUCCAACGGCCAGAGAAUGCUGGGAAAAAACCAGAGGAGAGGAGGGACCCGGUCAGGCCGAACAGACCAGCGGACCUGACAGCUCUGGCCAAGGAGCUGCGUGCGGUGGAUGACGGCCGCCCACCAAAUAAAGUGACAGACUAUUCCUCAUCUAGCGAAGAAUCAGACACCACUGAUGAAGAUGACGAUGAAGAGGUGGACCAGGAGGCAGGCGAAGAGUCGACCUCUGGGCCGGAGGACUCCAAAGCUGUUUCUUCCAGGCUAAGUAAUGGAGAGACGGAGUCAGUCAAAACCAUGAUCGUUCACGAUGAAGGCGAGAGCGAUGCGGGCUCGAUGCCCUGCAAAGACAGCACGCUGAUCGUCAGACAGAGUGCAGGUGACAACAGAAAGCGUCCAGGCCCUGGCCCGGGCCAAACCCAGACCCCUGGCCUGCUUGCAGGCUUUGCCCCAAGCCCUAGUUCGGCACCAGUCGCAGGCCUCAGCCAGCAUACCCCCAGCCCUCACCAUCACCACCACCACCAUCACCAUCACCCCACACAGCACUCGGAUAGGAACGGCUUUGCCAGUCGCAUCCACCACCUCCCAGACCUGAUCCAGCAGAGCCACCAUUCCUCCCCUUCCUCCUCUGCAUCCAACUCCCCUUCCUCCUCCAGCCUUGCCAGCCCCUCUUCCAUGUCCCCCCAGAGUCCUCUGGACAAGCUCAGCAUCCUCACAGAGAGCCAGUCCAGUAACAACAUGCAGAAACACAAGUCUUCUUCCUCCUUCACUCCGUUCAUCGACCCACGCCUCCUCCAAGUCUCUCCAUCCACUGGCAGCGCUCUCAACAAUGUUGGUUACAGCAAUGAUGCCCGGCUGGCAGAGGCACUGAGGGCUGACCCAUCUCGGAAGGGCUCAGUGGUCAAUGUCAACCCAGUCAACACCCGCCCUCAGAGCGACACGCCAGAGAUCCGCAAAUACAAGAAGAGGUUCAACUCUGAGAUUUUGUGUGCUGCACUCUGGGGAGUGAACCUGUUGGUGGGAACAGAGAGUGGUCUGAUGCUGUUGGAUCGCAGCGGUCAGGGCAAAGUUUACCCUCUGAUCAAUCGACGACGCUUCCAGCAGAUGGACGUCCUGGAGGGACUCAACGUCCUGGUCACGAUAUCAGGCAAGAAGAACAAGCUCCGUGUUUACUACCUAUCCUGGCUGAGGAACAAGAUCCUGCACAAUGACCCCGAGGUGGAGAAAAAGCAGGGCUGGACCACUGUAGGAGACCUGGAGGGCUGCGUCCACUACAAAGUUGUGAAAUAUGAGAGGAUCAAAUUUUUGGUUCUGGCCCUGAAGAACUCGGUGGAGGUCUAUGCCUGGGCACCCAAGCCCUAUCACAAGUUCAUGGCCUUCAAGUCCUUCGGUGACCUGGUGCACAAGCCCCUGCUGGUUGACCUGACUGUGGAGGAAGGUCAGAGGCUAAAGGUCAUCUACGGCUCAUGCUCAGGCUUCCAUGCUGUGGAUGUCGACUCUGGCGCUGUCUACGACAUCUACCUGCCUACACAUAUCCAGACCAGUAUCCAGUCUCACGCCAUCAUCAUCCUGCCCAACACUGAUGGCAUCGAGUUGCUGGUGUGCUACGAGGAUGAGGGUGUUUACGUUAACACCUACGGACGUAUCACCAAGGAUGUGGUGCUGCAGUGGGGGGAGAUGCCCACCUCAGUGGCCUACAUUCGCUCCAACCAGAUCAUGGGCUGGGGAGAGAAGGCCAUCGAGAUCCGCUCGGUGGAUACCGGCCAUCUGGAUGGCGUUUUCAUGCACAAGAGAGCCCAAAGACUCAAGUUUCUCUGUGAAAGAAAUGACAAGGUAUUCUUUGCCUCUGUUCGGUCCGGAGGAUCCAGCCAAGUCUACUUUAUGACUCUGGGCCGAAGCAACCUGCUCAGCUGGUAGAGAUCCACACCCUGCCCUCUUCCUCUUCCUUCUCCUCAUAGUCCUCCAUCUCAGAACCCACCGUUGAUGUCUUGUCGGCCCUUGGACAUCCUAAAGAAAACAAAAACAACCAGUCAACCCCUGUGGAGCAGUCGACAACAAUGGCUUCUUAUUCCCUCUGGAGCUGCAGACUUGCUGCAUCUGAGCUCUGGGCCUGCCUGCGACACAGUGACCACCGCUCACACAGUCGUCACGCCCUGACAUACUGUACCUGAGGUGACGGCUUGCGUACAAAAUGAAAUCAGUGAUUAAUUAAUAUAUGAAAGGAAGUAGAAAUAAAUUAAAUGUGAAUUCAAGAAAGGGGAGCAAACAACUUUUGUUUCCCUCUCCAUUUUCUUGGUGCUCGUCAGACUGUGAUGGGAUAGAUUUUGUACCGCUGCAUCAUUUCUGUGCUCCUGGGCCUGGUCACUGAGCUUGAAGUCCUCUAACUACGAGUACUGCUACCACUAUUGUUCCUACUGCUACCCUCUGCAGGUGUUUCUCUUGUCAGAGAGUUCCUCCUCUCUGCCAUGACCCUGCUCUCCAUUUGUUCUUCUGAGAGUUCAUGGGGCUGGUGGGGUCGGAGUCCGUUACAGUAAGUGUGUGUUAAUGUACUUCUGUUUGGUCCGGUUACUGCAGCCGUGCUGGUUUAAGCUCAAGACUUUCAGCCAGGGAUUAAAAAAUAACAAUCUGUUGGAACGAGCAGGCUGGAGAGGCCUAAUAUUUGUGGUUGUACCGUUACGUCUGAUGGAGAGGAUUCAGCAGAAGGGUGUGUGUUAUUGUUGACAUAUUAUUUGGACAGUGAGAAAAAGCAAUGUUGAAGCAGAUGGCUUUCAGAAUAGUAUUUUGAAUUACUGCUAUUAUUCCUUGAAGAUAAGUGUAACUAUGUGGAGUUGAUAUGUCUUCUACCUUGUUUAAGAUUUACGCACAUUCACCCACAGUGCGCAGUUUGCUUGCUUUUACUCUGAACCCAUGAAGUGUGAGGUGUGUUUGUCUAAAGAGAAAGUUGGUUCUGAAAAAUAAAGUAAACCAGCGUGUCUACUACUACUACUAUACUUUUGGCUGUUCCGUUAGGAGUUGCCACAGCGAAUCUGAUUUGCAUGAGUAAAUUCGGCACGUUUCUUUUUUUUUUUACGCCGG